AUGAAACGCUCACGGUGUGUAGGCGGGUGUCUGUGCUUUCUGCUCUUUUAUGGAGGAACGGUUUUUGUUGGAACUUCCCACGGUCUGGGGCUGGCGGUAGCUGCGCUGGCGGAUUCACCGAGUCAUUCUCGCUCCUCCGCCGUGACGCGCGACUCGGAAGACCGUUUUCGGCAUGGACCUUCACUGGUGGAGCUGCCUGGUGCCUCGGCCGCACCGUCUGUGCAGCGCGCCACCACGCACGGGGAGUCGGAGAAGGAUGGACCUUUGAAGAUGGCGAAUCAGUCCCAGCCGAGAAGAUCGAAGAUGGAAACUGCGAACUCUCGAGCGAAGGCAGGCCCCUGUUCUGGCUCUCAUGCGUCUACACAGAAAGACCGUCCGAUGGCAGCAGAAAAAGACACGAAAAAAGGAAAGGCGUCCACGGCGUGUGGACUGCAUGCCUCGCUGCGGCAGCUUCCGCAAGAGAGCGCAAGUCCCGAAACGCAGCAUCUGCAUGCGGAAGAGAGCCGGAGUAAGGACGAAACAGAAGAACACCAAGGGCGUGACCGGGCGGCGCUGAACAUCGCGACAAAAGAAGGUCGGAAGUCGAUGCCUAAGCCCUCGAACGACGCAGAGCAAGCCGUCGUUUAUGUUCCGCUUGUGCAUGUGUUUCCGAUUUUUAUGACUCCGUCACAGCGCUGGAGUGCAGAACGAUUCGCUCAGAUGGUGAGCAGGGGGUCUCUUCUUGCUUUCGCUGGGUUUGAGCCUCUCUACUGA